UUCAUCACAGUCCCAGAUCAGAGGGCCAACAAAGUGCCGUCCGUGCCUUGCCUUGUUGCCUGGCACUCUGGCCCUCUCGCCCUCUCGCCCUUAACGAGAGAGGGUCAUCCCUCCCCCCCAUCAUUCCUCGUCCCACAGUUACAAAGCCCGCCUCGCGACUUUUACCUCACCCACGGUUACAUACAACCACGCACACAGGCCAACCCCGACCGAAGCAAACUGCUCCUCGCACAGGCUACUGGCGCCCUCGAUUUGCACCCACUCAGCACUACGAUUCGUACCAAGUAUCCCUCCCACAUUCCUACGGAGGGUAAUAACUCAGCAAGGGAGUUAAAGAAACCUUCGCCUCCUCCAGUUUCUGCCUCCUUCGGUCAGAGCCUGAGAGAAAAAAAAAAUCACGACAACCACCAUCACACACUCGCACACACACCCAAACCUUCCACCACCCCCCCGUCAUCCAACCCCUGGUCCCCCCGGUCUCCAGUUUUUCCACGUCCGCAGUGCCGGGUAAUUUCCUCAUCCUCAUUUCUCGACGCUCGACUCAUCAUUUCAGCUACCUGAACCAUCUAUUUUCUCCAACACACGGAUCCGGCUCAUCUCUCAUCCCAAAUCUACUCCUGCAUACCUGACAAAACGCCGUCCACCCCGGGCCUCCUCGUUUCUUCUCCUCUUUUUCCCACUCUCCCCCCCCCCAAACUACUCAAUUCUCUGACCACACCAUUUCCCUGACCUCACCACCUACCACACCACCCUUUCCUCCUCUGCUCCCACGCUACAGCUCUGUUAUCGCCAAUCCGCUUUCUACUCCAAUCUGCGCCUUUCCGACCCCAGGCCCGACGCUCCUGCUGCAUGCGUCACGCCGCCAUCGGUCAACUAAGUACUAAGUGGAUGGUUCACCCCACGAUAAGCGAUCAUCUUCCUGGGGAACACUCUCUCCCUUCGCUCGAAUGCAACGCUCUUCGUCUGCAGUAGACUUUACUGCCAUCCUCAAUCCUUCUCCUCCUUCCUCCGACUCUCCUUCCUCUUCUCAACCUUCGCACGAGUCCAUAACCACAAACCUUCAGUCAAACCACCCCUCGACAACCACGCACCCCGACGGUAACAUGGCAGCCGCUGUCAGCCUGAUGCCGACGGCUAUGGGUGCUCAGGCUCCCAACCCAGAAGAAAGACAGGACCUCCCUCGACCUUACAAAUGUCCUCUUUGCGACAGAGCCUUCCACCGCCUGGAGCACCAAACCCGACAUAUCCGUACACACACUGGCGAGAAGCCACACGCCUGCCAGUUCCCCGGUUGCAGCAAGCGUUUCAGUCGAUCUGACGAGUUGACUCGCCAUUCGCGCAUUCACAACAAUCCCAACUCGCGAAGAAACCAGAAGACUCACCAAGUUGCCGCCGCCGCCGCUCUCGCUGGCCUCCAAGAUGGCUCCAACCAGAACUUUGCUUCACAGGCCCAGAUGAUGCCGCCGCCCAGCAAGAGUACCAUGCCUCGGUCAGCCCCUACUUCAGCUGUUGGCUCCCCGAACGUCUCACCGCCUCAUUCCUUUGCGGUUCAGGUCCCUCACGGCUCUCAGAUGUCUUCCCAUCAUGGACUCUUCAAUCGGAAUGACGACAGGAACCCGAUGGACAUCAAUCUCCUCGCAACCGCCGCAUCUCAAGUAGAGCGAGACGAGCACAUUACUAGAGUCCCCUACCAGCACCAACACCAUCUGUUCAGUCAUCGAUCACACAACACCAACGGACGUUUGCCUUCGCUCUCGGCAUACGCCAUCUCGCACUCCAUGUCGAGGUCCCAUUCCCAGGAAAACCACGAUGACGACCACCGGGUGAAGAGAUCGAGGCCGAACUCGCCACAUUCAACAGCUCCCUCCUCACCGACCUUCUCUCACGAGUCAAUAUCGCCCACUCCUGACCAUACACCCCUUGCCACCCCAGGACACUCUCCACGUCUGAGACCUCACGGCAGUGAUCUACAGCUUCCAGGGCUGCGCCACCUCUCGCUUGGACACACUCCUCUUUUGGCGCCUAUGGAGCCACAAGCUGAUGGAUCCUACUCCCACGUUCCAACGCCACAGCACUCUGGCCCUUCUAUAGCAGACAUUGUCACCGGGGCGCAACGGAAACUGCCCGUGCCGCAGCUUCCCAAGAUUGGAGUGGCCGAGAUGCUACAUCUACCAGGCGGUUUAAGUUCAGGAGAAUCUAGUACGGCGGCGUCGAUCAAUGGUGAUUUUUCAAGGUGACUGGAAUCACAAUGACACAGGUGUUCUACGGAGUCCGCUGUGGUCUACUUGAUGACGAGUGUGUGUGUAUUGGUUUCGCGGAUGAGCAGCCCAAUCCUCUUUCCUUCCUGGACUUUCUUUUGUUUCGGGCGUUUGGAAGUGAUUUAUAUUUUACUCAGGAUGAAGCCCCCAGUCUCAUGGGACACUGGGACGAAUUGGAGAACGAUAUCACAGCGAGGAGCAGGCUAUAGACGGAUCCGGACAACAAGGGGGAAUGCGCCGCAUGAUUGCGCCCAAAUAGAGUGGUGUUCAUUGGUGACGGGAUGUAUGGUAUGAUGGUAUCAAACCUGGUAAAUGUGUGCUCCUAGAGUUUCGAGCAGCCAAUCCCCUGUUUACAUGUGUAAUUUUGAGAUAGCCAAUUCAACCUUACGAAUGCUAA